AUGCUGCCAGACGGCAAGACGAUCCUCACCGCGCUGUGGGCUCCGGCGCUGGCCGGAACGCUGGCAACAGCGGCUACAUGGCUGGUGUGGUACUACACCGCUUUGCCCUGCACUUUGGAGAAUGCGGUCGAGUUGAAGUGCCAUCCGAGCGUGAUGGCAAGGUACAUCUCAACAUCUAUCCUGCACCACUGCGUCAUCCAUGCCAGCAUUGCCAUUACCAUCAUCGGAGGUUCUGAUCUGAUGCUUUUCUUGCGCGAGCGGCACCGCAACAAUCAGAUGAUGGACAUCAUGAAGACCUUCCUCGACGAAGCGAUCGAACAGCGCCGGCAGGAAGUCGAACAGCGCCGGGAGGAAGCCGAACAGCGCCGGCAGGAGACCGAACUGCGACAGCAGGAAGCCGAGGCACGCCGCGAGGCCGAUGCAAUGGCCGCCGAAGAACGCCGGCAAGCGGCCGUGGAACGGCAGGCGUUUUUGGAAGCGCUGAACCGGCUCACCGAAGCCAUCGGUCAGAACGGGCGAGAACGGCAAUAA